AUGGAGAUGGAGAAGAGAGCCUCCCUGCCUCUGCUGCCUCUCCUCCUCUGCUUCCUACUGUCAGGUGCGGCGCGGCGCGCUGAGUCUGCCCGCGUGUUCACGAUCAUCAACAAGUGCAAGGCGGUGAUCUGGCCGGCGGUGGCACCUGGCGAGAGCUUCGGCGGCGGCGGGUUCGCGCUCCGUCCGGGGCAGUCGAUGAUGUUCACGGCGCCGGUGGGGUGGUCGGGCCGCAUCUGGGGCCGCACGGACUGCAACUUCGACGCGGGCGGGAACGGGUCUUGCGCCACGGGCUCCUGCGGCAGCGCGCUCAAGUGCGGGUCGUCGGGCGCGACGCCGGCCAGUCUGGCCGAGUUCACGCUGGCGUCCGUGGACUACUACGACGUGAGCCUUGUGGACGGCUUCAACCUGCCCAUGGUGAUUACGCCGGUGAACAGGCAGGGCAACUGCAGCGCGGCGGGGUGCGACGGGGACCUGCGGCUGAGCUGCCCGUCGGAGCUGGCCGUGAAGGCCAACGGGCGGACGGUGGCGUGCCGGAGCGCCUGCGACGUGUUCGACACCGACCAGUACUGCUGCCGCGGGCUGUUCGGGAACCCGGCCACGUGCCAGCCCACCUUCUACUCCAAGAAGUUCAAGGCCGCCUGCCCCACCGCCUACAGCUACGCCUACGACGAUCCCACCAGCAUCUUCACCUGCUCAGACGCCGACUACGUCAUCACAUUCUGCUCCAACAGGAAGCAAUCAAUGUGCUCGUACCACAACAACCAGCUUGUCUGCAGUGACUCGAGCAGAUCUUUGGCGAUCAGCGUGUCCAGGCUUAUGCUCGUGCUGCUCCUCAGCUUUUUGGCUUUGCAGUUUUCAGUGUAA